AUGUUUGAGUGGGAACAUGCUGACCUCCAUCUGUACUUUUUUUUUAAAUCUCGUAUUUGUGGCAGUAAAAUAAACAACCCCAAUACAGACGUACUGUACCUACAGUCAGACUUCUUCUCUGCUCGAUGUCCCACUCACCUCCUUCAUCACGUCUUCACAGGGACUUCGCUGCGGUGUGAGGACGACCAGUCUCCUCUGCACUGUCUGGAACAGGCCGCCGCUCACUACGCCUCCGCCGUCAGACUCAGCAGGAGAGAGGCCAGACUCCACUUCCUGCUUGGUCUGGUCCUGGAGGAGCAGCAUCACGCUACUGAGAUGUACGGCCUGAGGAGGAAGCUGCACAGAGACAGAGACGAAUUGAGCGACGGCAGAUCAGCGGCGUAUCAGGAUGAAAUCCUGGCCGUGUGUAAACUCCACGGUUUUCUGGGGAUUCCCUCUGUGGAGGUCCAGCUCCAGGCCCUGGAUAAGGAGUACCAGCAUCUGAAAGAGCAGGGUCAGUCCACGAAGGCGGACUACAUCCAGACCCUCUACGUGUGGCUGUCAAAGAAAACCGGCACGGAUCGCAGCCCGGCUGUUUGGGACGAGGAGAACCAGAGCGUCAUCCACCGAGCUCUGCUGAAAUACCUGGACGCCUGGUCUCUGAGUCCAGACAGCUGGGAGUACAACCUGCACGUGGGCCGUCUGCUGCUGCUGCAGGACAGGAGCAGAGAAGCUCUGCAGCAUCUGCAGAGAGGCCUGGCUCUGAGGCCCCUCCAUCCUGCCCUCAGAUUCUUCACUGGCCUGGCUCUGCUGCAGCAGGAGCAGACGACCUCGGAGGAGACGAAGAGAGAGGCUGCUCUGUUCCUACAUCAGGGCCUGGAGCACUUUGUCAGCCGGCACUGCAGCCGCAGCUGUGUGAAGGACGAUCCUUCAGAGACUCUGUCCUGUGUCAACACUCAGUUCCUGCGAGGACUUCUGACUCUGGGAGGGCUGCUACAGAAAACCAAAGUCAGCGGGAGAGUGAUGAGUCCACAACACGUCUAUCACAUGGCUGCAGUGCUGGCAGCUCAGGGUGUGAGUCAGUGCCAGUGUCGUGGUGAGGCCAGCAGGCAGCUGGAGUGGGUGCUGCUCGAUGCUCACUUUGCUCUGCUGCAGAGUGUGUUUCAGCAGCGUGAGCAGUCCAAGUCCAAGAACGGCGUGGAGCUGCUGACCCUGGUGUCAAAGCGAUGUCUGGGCCUCAGCGCGCUCAUACGGCACGCCUCCAUCACACCGUGUCAGAAGCUGCUGGACAUGCAGGAAAGAACAUGUCAGCUGGCUGUAGUGACCACUCCGCGGGACAGCUAUGCUCUGUGUCUCCUGGGUCUGUCUCAGCUGGCUCAGUACGACAACAACUCCCACUCAGAGCGCUCAAAGUCUGCUCUGACCGACGCCCGACUCAGCUUCCAGGCCAGCAUUGAGCUGGAAAACAAGAGUCAGCAGGGAGACGCACCUCAGCAGCUGACCAAACAGAAGUGGUGGCAGGAGCAGCAGGAAGUUGCCAAACUCUCCAUCAGCACCAAACCCACGGCAGCAGCCAAGACGCCUCCUGACUCCACUGAGCCAGACGGGCCUCCAGCCGAGGAGGGAAAACUGUACGACCUGUUCCCAGAACCUCGGCCGCCAGGAGGCACACUCCCUGUUCCGGGUCCCCUGAACUGCAACUCUCAUGUGUCGAGGCUGGGUCUGGCCCGCGCUCUCUCCCACUCCACUGACACCCAGGAAGAGGCCAAGCAGCUCUACAGAGAGGUCAUCUCCAUGGCACCAGGGGUCCACGACGCUUAUGUGGAGCUGGUCCAGCUCCUGGAGCCAUCAGACCCCCUGGCUGCUGUGGAGGUGUACUGCAGGUUUCCUCUGAAGCCUGUGGCAGAGCAGAACUUUGACGACGCCUUCAUCACAGGGGAGAUCGUGAGGAUGCUGAUGGCCCUGGAGGAGUACCACCACCCACAGCUGGGGCCCUGCCUGGCUGCGUACGGAAAAGUCAUGGGUCUAAGUCAGUGA